AUGGCUACUAAAAAUACAGAAAUAAAACAAAAUGUUUUUUUUUCAAAUAUUUUUUGCCAUUCUGAAGAUUUAAAAAAUUUAAUAAGAUUAGAUUCAAAGAAAAGAACUCAUGAGAAAACUAAGGGCAAAAAUUAUUUAUCGGCAAUCAAUUUUUCCUAUGAAAAAAAUGAAAACGAUGACCUUUUCAAGGUUGAAGAAAUAUACGACAGAGAUUUUUCAUCAAAAGAAAAAAAGUGCAAACUAUUUGUCCCGUUUAAAAAGAGGAAAGAAAAAGAGCCUCGAUUUAUUACCAUUGAAAAAUUAAAAAAGGAAUAUAAAAGUAUUAAUAUUUAUGACUUGUUAAAUGAGAAAAAGAAAUUGUUAGAUAUAGAGGAAAUGAAAUUUACUUGGGAAGACAUAUUAAAUUAUGAUGAUUCAUCCUUUGAUAUAUUUACAAUUGAAGAGAUAGUUCAAGAAUUAAAAGAAGAAGAUCAUAUAAAUGAAAUGUAUAGAAAAAAAAAAAAAGCUCAUAUAGAAGCAAAUGAAGAAAAAUAUAUAGAACAUAUGAUAAAUGAUGAGAAAAGGAAAAAAAAUAAAAUGAAUGAAGAUUUUAUUAUACCUUUUAAAGCUAAAGGAGUAUUAUAUACAAAUACUGAAAUAUUUGAAAGUAUAUUUGAAGAUAUAUAUAUUUAUGAUUAUAAUGAGAAUUCAAAACUAUUUAAAGCAAAAAAAAAAACAAGCAAAGAAUUUCUUUAUAUUAAUAGAAUUCAAUUUUUUUUUACAACUGAAAACCCAAUAUUAUAUGUUGAAAAAUUAUUUAAUGCUAUAAAAAAUAAAUCUAAUAGUUUAAAAAGGAGAAGAAAAUUUAAAGAUAUUGAUAAGAAAUAUAAAAAUAUUAAUUGUAUUCUUGAUGAUGUUAAUAAUAUUAUCCAAAAUAAUUUAUGUUUUCAAAAAUGUAAAGAUAUAGAAAAUAUGAAAAAUAAUUUAAAUGAUUUUUGUAAUAUAUGGUUAGGUAGAACUUUUUUAAAUUGUACAAUACUUAAAAAACAAUAUUCUAAUAAUAAUAGUAAUAAUAAUAAUAAUAAUAAUAAAAAUAAAUUUAUAUCAUUAUAUGAUCAAAAAAAAUAUAUUAAAUAUUAUAAUUACGAUUUUGAAAAUAAAAAAAAUAUUAUUAAACAAUGUGUAUUACUUGAAAAUACCAAAGUUAUGAAAACAUUCCUAGGAAUAGUAAAUAAAUGUACCAUCAUACAAAUUUUUAUAUUCGACACGUCAAUAACAAAUUCGUUUGAACUAAAUGAGUUUUUUCAGUUACAAAAUUUGUCAGUAUUAAAGUCUUUUGAAAGUGUUAAUAAUAUAUGGAUGAAUGACAUGAAAUUUAGUAUCGAAGACAACUUAAAGGAUUGCACCAAGGGAAACUACAACCUAAAGGAUAUAUCCAUUGAAACGUUCAAAUAUACCAAGAUAAGGAUAUUUUUUAAUAUUUUAAAAUUAAUUAUUGAAAAGAAAAUUAAUGAAAUUCUUAUAUAUAAUAUAGAUAUAUUUGUAGAUAUAUUUUGUACUAAUAUGAAUAAUUAUAAAAAGAAUAAAAAAUAUACUCCUGUAUUUAUUAUAAAUAUUACCAAAAAGUUUGACUGUUCAAAAUUUAUACUAGAUAAUAAUCCUUUAUUAUUUUAUGAAAAAAUAGAAGAAUUAUUUUAUUCUACACUUAUAAAAUAUCAACAAAUAGAAAAAAUAGAAAAGCUAGUUAUACCACAAAUUUUUAAAAAUGAUAAAUUUAUUUUUUAUAAAUCUAUGAAAGAAAAUGAUUACUUUAUAUCUCAAAAAUUAAAUGAUAUCAAAAAGAUUUUUGAAGAAUGUAAAUCUUUAGUUGAUUCCUAUUUAUCAAAAAUUAAUAAACAUGCUGAUAUAUUAAAUUUUAAUGUAAAUGAUGCUAUAAGAAAUAUAGAUAUUAAUACAAGUGUAGAUCAUAUACAAAAUAUUAUAUAUAAAAAUGUAGAUAAAAUACAAAAUAUUAAUAAUACUAUUGAAGAUAAUAUUAAUUUGGGAGUAUUCCUUGUAAAAUGUAAGGAUAUCAAACUUUUUAUAAUCAACGAAAUUAAUAAUUAUAUAAAGGCCCUCACUAAUAUAAUUGUCCAGAGGUACAAAGAAAAAUACACAUCCAACCUUAUGUUUUACAAUUCCGUUAUUGUAAGACUAAAAAAAAAAACUACCAAAAUUCAAGAGAUCUAUGAAAAAGAAGAAUAUAUAAAAGACAUGAAAAAAAGCCUUGAUUUUGUUUCUCAAGAUAUUAAAGAAAUCAAUAUAUUGUUUAAUUGCUUAAAUAAAUUAAAUUAUAAAUUUUCUAGUGAUGAUUAUCUUUCAUAUUGGAAAAUUAUAAACAGACCAAGUAAAAUUGAAAAAAUUGUAAAAGAAGUUAAUGAAAAUAUAAAAAAACAAAAAAAUGUACUAUUAGAAGAAUUAAUUAAUGAUGAAUCCAAAUUCCAAAGUAGUAUUGUUGAUAUGAAAGAAAAUGUACAAUCUAUUAAAAGUUUUAAUGAUGAAAAUAAUUAUUUAAGUAUUAAUAAAUUUAUAUUAACUGUUCAAAAUCAAUUAGCUCUUUUAAUAAAAGAGUCCAAGGAAAUUAAUUAUCGUGAGAAGCUUUUUAAUAUUGAAAUAUCUGAUUUUUCUAUACUCUUAAAAAUUCAAAAUGAACUCAAUUUAUAUUACACAUUCUGGCUCAUAUACAAAAGCAUAAAGUCCAUGGAUGAACGGUUCGAAAAAAAAAUCAAUUCAUUAAAUCAUAAAAAAAUAGAAGAUGAUUUCAAUUUGAUUUUAAAAAAUAUGAAUAAAAUUAAUAAACAUGCUAAUGAAUAUUAUAAAAAUAAAAAUAGUCUAAUUAAAAAGAUGAACGAGAAAUUGCAAUUUUUCAAUUCAUAUGUGUCCCUAUUAAUAUCUUUGAGAAAACCUAGCAUUAAGGACAGGCACAAAAAUCAGAUAGCUCAGAUCAUUGACGAGAAAAAAAACAUCGACUUCAAUAAUAUAACGUUUAACGAAUUAUUAAAAUUAAACAUUAAUAAUAAAAUUACUAGUAUUAUUAAUAUUUGUGAGAAGGCAAAUAAGGAAAAUGCAAUCGAAAAGUUUUUAUAUAAAAUAAAAAAUAACUUUAGUAAAAUAAUAUUUCAAAUGAAACAUGAAGAAAACAAUAAAAUAUUUAUAAUUUCUAAUUUAAAUGAAAUAUUAACAAAAAUAGAAGAAAAUCUUGUGUUAAAUCAGAAUCUACUAAUUAUAAAUAUAUAUGAAAUAUAUCAUAUAGACAUAAUAAAUAAUCAAAACAUGAUGAUAAAUGCUAAUGCUAUUAUAAAUACUUUAAAGAAAAGUCAGAAUUUGUUCUUAUAUCUGAGUAGGAUAUUUAUUUUGACGGAUAUAUCUAAGCAGUUGAUCAAUGAAUCGAAAAAAUACAAAUUAAUCCACAGUAAUUUCUUGAAUAUGUACAAAGUUAUAGAAGAAGAUAAGAAACUUGAAAAGUUCUGCACAAGGAAAGAUACAAAAGAGAAACUAGGAGAGUUGUAUAACAGUUUGAAUUUUUUAUUAAAAAGUAUAAAUGAAUAUUUAGAUUUAAAGAGAGAAAUAUUUAAUCGUUUUUAUUUUUUAAGUACAGAUGAUUUAAUAAAUUUAAUAUCUUCUAAUAUAAAUGAUCAAAUUAAUACUUAUCUUUUUAAAAUUUUUAAUAGUAUAUAUAAGCUUGUAAUAGUAAAUGGAUAUAUAGUUUCCUUUAAAUCUCAAAGGGGCGAAGAAUUAUUAUUAUGUAAUGAAAUAGAAAUUGAAAAAAAAGAAAUAACAGAAAUAUUAUUACAAGUAGAAAAAGAAAUGUUUUCUAGUGUAAAAAAACAAAUAUAUGAAAAUUUAAUUGAAUAUAAAAAUUUGAUAGAUAUAAAAGAAGAUGAUUUUUUAAAAAAUAAUGAAUUCCGAAAUUCAUCUCAUAGAAAAUCAUAUAACCAUAAAAAAUUGUCUUCUGAUAAAUAUCAACAAAAAAGUAGUGAUCAUUGUAAUUAUAAUUAUAAUUAUAAUUCAUCAGAAUAUUUUUCAUAUUCAUCUAAUAUGUCAUGUACAUCUGAUAUGUCUAAUUCUUCAGAUUCAUCUUAUGUUACUUCACCUAUAUCUAAUGAAAAGGAGAAUAAAUUUUAUGAUAAUUACAACAAGUCUUAUCAUCAAACAAAAGACAGUAACAAUAGUAAUAAUAGUAAUAAUAAUAAUAAUAAUAAUAAUAAUAAUAAUAAUAAUAGUAAUGAUCAUCAUCAUAAUAACAAAUAUAAUGUAGAAAAAAGUAAUCGAAAAGAAAAGUAUUCUUCUACACAAAAUAAUAUGAGAAUGAAAAAUUAUAAAGAAAAAGAUUCAUCAGUUCAUAAUAAUAUAUCAUAUGAAACAAUAAAUAAAAAGAUUAUAUUUUGCUUAAAUAGAAAUAGUCAAUUUGUUCUUAUAAUAAAGAAUUUAUUUUGGUCUAAUUUAGUGGAAUUAUUUUUGAAAUAUAAUAAUUUGAAUAAAUAUAAAAAAAUAUUAAAUGAAGAAUUAUAUGAAUAUAUAAAUAUAAUAAAUAAAGUAGAUAAAAAAAAAAGUGUCUUAUUACAUACACUUAUAAUUUCGCUAGUUCACAAUAGAGAUAUAGUACAAGAAUUAAUUAAAAAAAAAGUUAAUGAUUGUAAUAAUUUUAAUUGGUUAAUACAAUUAAAAUAUUUUUAUUAUAAUAAAAAUUUAUAUGUAAAAUAUUUAAAUGAAUCACAUAUAUAUGGAUAUGAAUAUAUUCAUAAUGAUAAUCAAAUUAUAUUAACCAAUUUAAUAAAUAAAUAUUUUAUAUCUAUAUUACAUUCUUAUAGUUCUAAAUUGGGUGUUUGUUCUGUUGGAUUAGCUGGUACAGGAAAAACAGAAACUACAAAAUAUUUCUCAAAAUUUGUAGGCAAGUUCUAUUUUGUAUAUAAUUGUAGUAGUAAUAUAAAUUUUGAAUUCUUGAAAAAUCUAUUUUUUGGAAUAGCAACCAAUGGAAUUUUUUUUUGCUUCGAUGAAUUUAAUAGAAUAUCUAUAGAAGCUCUCAGUGUUCUAGCUCAACAAUUAUGUAAUUUAUUUAAUGCAAAAUCAAAAAAAUUUCUUAUGAAUCAUAUGAAAAAAAAAAAUCAUCAUAAAACAAUUAUAAGACAAAAUAAAAGAAAAAAUAACAUUACAGGUGUUCAUUGUCUGAAUGACCUUUCUUUGGAUUAUAAAAAUGAGGAUCCAAAAAGGGAAGGAGGAUUACAUAAAAUAAAUAGAAUAAAUAAAAUGAACGCUCCAGAUAAUAUAAAUAAUUUCAAUAAUAAUACAAAUGAAUAUAUAAAGAAUAAUAAUGAUGAUGAGAAAGAAAUAUAUAAAAAACCAAAUAAAUCAAAUAAUAUAAAUAAUAAUUAUAAUAAAUUAAAUCUUAAUGAAAAAAAAAGUCUCAUUUCUAAAAAAAAAAAAAAAUUGUUAUUUUUUGAAGGGAAAUAUAUAAACAUUAAUGAAGAAUUUAAUAUAUUCAUAAUUAUUAAUCCUUUUUAUAAAGGUAGAAGUGAAUUACCAAAUAAUAUAAAAUCAUUAUUUCGAUCUUUUCAUUUUAUAAAACCUGAUUUUUUUACAAUCGUACAAGUUAUGUUAUAUUCCAAUGGAUAUAAGUACAGCAAAAUAUUGUCUAAAAAAAUACUUUUAUUAUUUGAUCUAUGUGAGCAUAAUUUGAGUAACCAGAAGCAUUACAAGUAUGAUUUGAGGACUGUUAAGAAGAUAACGUAUGUUAUGGGGAAAAUUAAAGAGGACAAGACAGACGAGGGUAAUAAUAAUGAUAAAAAUGAUGAUACUGAUGAUGAUAAAAAUGAUGAUAAUGAUGAUGAUAAAAAUGAUGAUAAUGAUGAUGAUAAAAAUGAUGAUAAAAAUGAUGAUAAAAAUGAUGAUAAUGAUGAUGAUGAUGAUGAUGAUGAUAAUAAUUAUAAGUGCAGCAUUUAUCAUGAAUAUAAAUUUUUAUUUAUAGCCAUCAUCGAAUGCAUCAUGCCUUCCAUAGUAAAAAACGAUAUUUACCUUUUCCUACAAAUUUUGAAAAAUAUUUUUUAUGAAUUAUAUACAUAUAACCAAUCAUUAAAUAAUUCAAGAAAAGAAGAAAAAGGUGUCAACUUAAAAAAUAUUUUAUCAAAUAAUCGUAAUAAUGAUAACAGCAUUUUGAUGUAUUUAAAAAGCUUUUAUUCAAAUAUAAAUGAUGAGAAAAAGAAAAUAUCGAAGAAAAAAAUGAAGGAAGAAGGAAUUCAAAAUGAAAGAAUACAAUACAAAGAAUAUAAUAAUAAAGACAAUUAUAAAAAAAAUGAUGAUAGUUAUUUUGAUACAAAAGAAAUAACAAAUAAGGAUAUUACUAAUUUAAAUAGAUCAAACAUUUUGACAAAAAAAAAAAAUCAUAUAUACGAUAUAGGUGAUGUAUCAAAUUAUCAAAUAUUAAAUGAUGAAGUUUCAAGGAAUAAAGAAACAUUAUUAUGUAAAAGAAAAGAGCCUGAUUUUACAAAAAAGGAUAAUUCUGAAAAUAAUAAGAUAGAUAUAUUAAAUAAUAAUAAUAAUAAUAAUAAUAAUAUAAAUGAUAUGAAAAAUAUAAAAAUGAAUAUAAAAAAAAGGAAAUUUUUACAUAAAAAAGAAAUAAUAGAAGAUUAUUUAAAAGGUAUGUUAAAAAAAAAAAUGUUAGAAUUAAAUUAUGUGUGUACAGAUAGAUAUAUUACCAAAUUAAUUCAAUUAUAUAAUAUGAUAAAUUUUCAUACUGGUAUAUUAUUUUUAUCUUAUCCUUUAUCAAAAACAACAUCUUAUAAAAUAUUAAGUAGAACUAUUAAUACAAUUAAUGAUAGAGAAAUUAUUAAAACAAAAAUAAAUGAUUAUAUAAUUAAUGCUAAUGUUGUAAAAGAAAAAGAUCUCUUAGGAUUUUAUGAAGAAGUUUCAAAUAAAUGGGUACAUGGAAUAUUAACUAAAAAAAUUUUAGAAAUCAAUACAACUUAUAAUAAUACAGAAAAUUAUUUAAAUAUAAUAUAUUUUGAUUGUUAUUUACAUUCUUUAUGGAUAGAAAAUUUAAAUUCUGUUUUAGAUGAAUCCAAAAUUUUAUGUUUAUCAAAAUGUGAUAUUAUUCCUAUAUAUAAUCAUACACAUUUUAUUAUGGAAACAUAUAAUUUAAAAAAUAUAACGAUGGCUACUAUAAGUAGAUGUGGUUUAAUAAUAUUAAAUACAUAUGAUUUAAAUAUUGCAUCUUAUAUAUGUUCAUAUAUAAAUAAAUUAUCAAAUAAUUUUGAUAUUAUUCAUAAACAUAUUUUAUUAAAUUUAUUUCUUGUAUUUUUUUAUAAAAGUGUAUUAUUUAUAUGUAUUAAUAAUUUAUUUGUAUAUACAUUUAAUGAGUAUUAUUAUUGUAUUUCUUUUAUUAAAUGUUUAGAUAGUCUCUUAUCAUAUUGUACGUUCGAAAUUACAGAUCCAAAUAUUAAAACGGAGCAAUUCCAAAAAUUUAUCACUUGUAUAUUUAUCUAUUCUUUAAUAUGGUCUGUUGGUUCAAAUACAUAUAAAAGGGGAAGGAAAAUAUUUAAUGACUUUCUAUGUUCUAAUAUUUUAAAAUAUAAUUUAAAGAUAACAUUCGAAACGUUAGAAGGGAGAAUAAUUGAUAUCAGACAGAUAAAUGAAAAUAAUAAAAAAAACAAAAACAAAAAAAAAGAAAAGAAAACUACAGAUCUUUCGCGUUCCUCAUUUGAUGGAAAAGAAACCAAUGAACAGCAGAAUCAAAUGGACAUCAAAAAUGUAAGCAGUGUGUUGAAAAAUAUGAAUGAUGUUAUAAAAAAUGUAGGUGAUGUAAAAAAUGUAGGAGAUGUAAAAAAUGUAGGUGAUGUAAAAAAUGUAGGUGAUGUAAAAAAUACAGGUGAUGUGAAAAAUACAGGUGAUGUGAAAAAUACAGGUGAUGUAAAAAAUAUAUAUCCUGCCAUAAGAUCAGAUUUAGAUACAAGCUCCACAAAAAAUAUUAAUAAUAACCAUACCAAAACAACAGACAUUAUGGACACGCACAUGAUUAAGAACAACAAUUGUAAAUAUAUGAAUAAUACAAGGAAUAAUAAUUUACAAGCACAAAAUGAUAAUAAAGAAAAAAUAUAUGAUGGUAAAGAUGAGGAAAUGAAUACAAUCAAUAAAACACAUAUUAUAGAAAAAGAUACAUUGAUAAAAAAUAAUAUGUGUCCAUAUUUUUCAGAUGAAAGCAGCUGUAAUUCUGAUAUAGAUAUAUAUAAUGAGAAGAAUAAAAAUAUUGAUAAAUAUUAUGAGAGCUUAGAUAAUAUAUAUGAUUAUUAUAUAAAAAAUUGUAAAAAGUAUAAAAAUUUAUAUAAAAAUUAUGAUAUAAAUAUAGAUGGAAAUAAUAAUGACUUUUUUCAAAAGUGUUAUGGGAAUUAUAGUUCAGAUUCAAAUAGUAGUAAUGAUCAGAGAUAUUUAAAAAGGAAAGGUAAGAAAAAACAAACAUGUAGGAGAAAAAAAAUUCAAUCUUAUAUAAAAGAUGAUAUUAAAAGGGAUGACAUUAAAAGGGAUGAUAUUAAAAGGGAUUAUAUUAAUAAGGAUAUUAUUAAUGAUCAUAAUAAUAAUAAUUACCAUAAUUAUGAUGAUUACAUAAAAAAAUAUAGUUAUGAAGAAAGUGUAGAUGAUAUUCUGAAUAAUGUUAAUUAUUACAAUGAUAUCUAUAAUUUAACUGAGUCGUCAAAAGAAAAAAAGAAAGACCAUACGAAUUUUGAAAUAUCAAAGGAUGUAUCAAAAAAAUCAAGUACUUUGUUAUUCAUCAAUAAUAAUGAAGAGCAAAAUGGAAACACACAUAUCACAAUGGAAAGGGAAAAAGAAGGAAAUAAUAUACACACAAAAAAAUAUAAAGAAGAUAAAUAUUAUGAUGAUGAUGGUGAUGAUGAUGAUUAUGAUUAUGAUGAUGAUUAUGAUGAUGGUCAUGAUAAUGGUCAUGAUAAUGGUCAUGAUGGUGCUUAUGAUGACGGUCUUGAUGAUGAUAUGGUAAAGGGUGAAAAAAACAUUUUUGAAAAAGUUAAACUAGAAAUUAAUUUAUUUAAUUAUUAUUUCAAUUAUCAAAAAAACGUUUUUAGCCACUUAAAUCAUAGUGAGAAUAAAUUUACAUGCAUAGAUGAUUAUAUGAAUAAUAGCGAUAUUAUGGUUAAACAAAAGAAACAUAUAUCUGUAUUAUACAAUAUUGAUAUAUUUAUAAAAAAUAAAAAAAACAUUAUCAUAGGAGGAUGUAGUAAUAUAGGUAAAACUUUAAGUGUUGAUUAUUUUUUAAAAAAAGUAAUAGCUAAAGAUAAAUUUUUUACAGUGGAAUUUUUUUUUUCCAAUAGUACUAAAAGUAAACAUGUUAGAAAUCAUAUAGAAUCUAAAUUAAUAAAAAGAAGAAAUAAUUAUUAUGGAACUCCAAAUAAUCGUAUAUGUAUUUUUUAUAUUGAUGAUAUAAAUAUUGAAACAAAUAUUGGAGGUGUUAAAAAUAGUCAUUCAUUAUCUUGUCAUGAAUUUUUGAGAAUGUUAUUUAAUUAUAAAUAUUUUAUUGAUGAUAAUUUAAAUUAUAAAUAUAUAGAAGAUAUAACAUGUAUAGGUACAAUGAAUAAUUCAUAUAGUACUAGUAAUAAUAGUCGUCUUUAUAAUAAUUUUAAUAUUAUAUAUUAUAAUAAUUAUAAUUAUAAAGAAAUAUAUAAUAUAUUCUUUAAUUAUUUGAAUUGUCUAUUUAAUGUUUAUGAUAUAAAUAUUAAAAGUUUAAUACCAAACUUAGUCCACAUGCAAAUAGAUAUUUAUAAAUCCAUAAAGUAUAUGAAAUAUGACAACAAAGUGGAUAGUAACAAAAGCAAUAAUAAUAAUAAUAAUAAAAUGAAGAAACAUUCUUGUGGUAGUUAUAACUAUAUACCCUAUUCUGAAUAUAAAAAUAAAGAGGUAGAUGAACUGUUUCUACAUUUCUGGAAUAUUAAUAAUAUGAAAAAUAUAUUUAAAUAUAUAUCAUACCUAUCCAAAAAUAUUAAUAUUAGAAAAGAACAAAUGCUUUUAUAUUUUUUAUAUGAAAAUAAAUCUUUCUACGUUGAAAGUUUUCUUUCAAAAAAAAAAAAAAAAAAAUGUACAGAAAUUAUUAAGGAGCAUUUUAAAAGAUAUUUUCAUGAAGAAGAUACAAAUAAUCAUUUUAUAAAUACAUAUGAUAAUUUAUUAUUUUGUAAUUUUCUAAAUUUAUAUCAAAAGAUAUAUGAACAAGUUUAUGAUAUAAAUGAUUUAUAUAAUUGUAUACAUACUUAUAUAUCUGAAUAUAGUAAUAAUGAAAAACUUAAUUUAAUUAUAUUUGACAAUAUUUUAAUAUAUAUAUGUAAAAUAACCAAAACUUUUAUGAUAGAUAAUUCUCAUAUUAUAUCUAUAGGAAUAAAUGAUAGUAUAAAAAAAAAUGUAACCAAAAUAUGUUCCUAUAUUAUUAAUAAAAAUUUAAUAAUAUCAGAAUUAAAUAAAAAUAGUAAAAAAAAAAAUUUCAAAGAAGAAAUUAAAAGAUGUCUAUUCGAUUGUGCUAUAUAUGAAAAAAAAUGUAUAUAUUAUUUAAACGAUAAAAAUUAUAAUAAUCUAUCUUAUAUUUUAGAAAAUCUAAAUAAUAUAUAUAAUUAUCAUGAUAGUUAUUUAUUAUAUACACAAGAAAAUUUCAAACAUAUAUUUAAUGAAUGUAAAAAUAAAUGUGAUCAACAUCAACUCGUAAGAAAUAUAACGAAUAUAUAUAAUAUUUAUAAAAACACAAUCAAACAAAAUUUUCAUGUUAAUCUAAGUAUUUCAUUAAACACAUCUUAUCAAAUUCAUAAAUAUCCUUAUAUAUUAAAAAAUUCUUAUAUCAUAUAUUUUGAGGAAAAUAAUAAUGACGGAUUGCAUAUAAUUACUCAAAAUUUUUUUAUUAACCACUCACAAGAAUGUAAAAUUAAAAUGUUUAACAUGCCUUCUAAGGAACAUAAUCACAAAGAUGCAAAUAAAAAUUUACAUACAAAUAAAAAUUUAGAUACAAAUAAAAAUUUAGAUACAAAUAAAAAUAUAGAUGCAAAUAAAAAUUUAGAUACAAAUAAAAAUAUAGAUGCAAAUAAAAAUAUAGAUACAAAUAAAAAUUUAGAUACAAAUAAAAAUUUAGAUACAAAUAAAAAUUUAGAUACAAAUAAAAAUUUAGAUACAAAUAAAAAUUUAGAUACAAAUAAAAAUUUAGAUACAAAUAAAAAUAUAAAGGGUCAUCUUAAGGACCAUAUAAAUAACAUUUCAGAUAAACAAAUAAAUAAAAAUCAUAAUAACAUUAUUGACAAGGAGAAAAAUGUUAUAUUAAAAGAUAACCAUUUACAUGAUAAUAAAAUUAUAAAAAAAAGAAAUCAAAUAAAUUCCAAACAUGUUGAUAAUAUUCAUAAUAACAACCAAUAUAAUGCUCAUGUUGGUAGUAGUAAAAUAGAUAGAGACGAAAAUAAUAAAGAGCACAUAAAGGAUGAAGGGGAUAAUAAUAUUAAUUUGAAUAAAGAAGAUACUAAUGAUAUGACAAAUAUUAAAGGUUAUAAUACGAAUAACCCAUGUAAUAAUACAAACGAUCAUAGUGAUCUUAUUAAGACAUAUAAUACACGCCCAGCAAAUAUAUGUAAUCAUCAAAUUAAAAAUGAAGAACUUCUACAAGUUGAUAUAGAAAUGAUAAAACAAGAAGAAGAUAUGAAAUGUCUAGAAAAAAUAAUUGAUAAUAAGAUAUUUAUUAGGAUACAUAAAGAAAUAAUAAUGUUAUCUAAAAAAUAUUUGAAUGAAAAAGGUAUUAAUGUAUGCAUUAAUUCAAAUAAAUAUUUACAUUUUCUUGAGCAUUUUGAUUAUUUAUUUUUUAUUAAAAAAAAAGAAUAUGAUAAACAUAUUGAUUUAUAUAGUAAAGCAUUACAUAAAUUACAUCAAUGUGAAGAGGAUAUAAAAAUUAUGAAAAAUAAUUUAUUAAAUAUUCAACCCAUCUUAAAUAGUACUAAUAUUGAAAUGAAAAAAAAGGUCAAUGAAAUUGAAAGAGAUACAAAAGAUGCAUAUAUUAAACAAUCUGAAAUAAAAAAAAAAGAAAAUGAUGUGAAAAAUAAAAUAAAAAAUAUAACUAAUUUAAAAAAUGUUGUAAAUGAAGAAAUAAGUAAAAGCUUUGCUUUAUUGAAUGAUUCAUUAAAUAAUUUGAACAAAUUAAAAGUAGAACAUCUAAGAGAAUUAAAAGCCUUUGUUAACCCUCCAUCAAUUGUUGUAAUGGUUAUACAAUGUAUUCUAACAUUUCUAAAAGAGGAUGAAAAAUAUUUAGCAUCUAAAAUUAUCAGACCUAAAAGUGUUAAUUAUUGGAUUUUAGCACAAAAAACGAUUUUUAGAGAUUCUAAAGUUUUUCUAGAUAAUUUAAAGCAUUAUGAUAAGAAUUUAAUUGAAGAAGAGAUGAUAAUAAAAAUAUCUCCUUUAAUAAAAAAUAAAAACUUCAAUCCUAAAUUUGUUAGAAAAGCCUCGAAAGCAUGUGAGACCAUGUGUCAAUGGAUUCUAGCUAUUUAUCAUUAUUUUAUUAUUAAUAAAGAAUUAGAACCUAAGAAAGAGGAAGUCCUUAUGUUAGAAAAAGAAAUCGAUAAAGAGUUAGAACAUCUAGAUAUAUGUAAAAAUGAAUUAUUUGUUGUUAAUAAUAAUUUAAAUAAAAUGGAAAAUGAAAAAGAAAAAAUUAAUAUAAAACAUAAUGAAUUAGUUAAAGAAAUUGAAAAUAUAAAACAAAAAAUUAAAAGAUCAAAAGUUAUAUUAUCAUCAUUAUUAGAUCAAGAACAUAAAUGGAAUGAUAAAAAAAAUUUUUAUAUUAAAAAGAGAGAUUUAUUAAUAGGUGAUUGUAUUAUAGUUUCGAGUCUUUUAAAUUAUAUAUCACAUUUUUCAUAUGAAUAUAGAAAAAUAAUUAAAUUAAAAAUAAAAAAAAUAUUAAAUUUAUUUCAUAUAAAAUAUACUAAUAAUAUAUCUAUUCCAAAAUUUAUAGAAUCUAAAAUUAAUUUAGAAAAAUGGGUAGCAUAUGGAUUAACUAAUAGUACCUAUUACUUUGAAAACGUAAUAAUAAUGAAUAAAAGUAUAAAAUAUAAUUUAUUAAUUGAUCCUCAUUUUAUUGCAACUAAUUUUCUUAAAAAUUUAUAUCACAAAAAAAGAGAAGUACAAAUAUUAAGAAAUAAUAGUUCUAACUUUAUAGACAAAAUAGAAAAAGCAAUGCAACUAGGCAAUAUUAUAAUAUAUACACACUAUGAUGAUUCCACACUUUUGUUUUCCUCUCUUUUUCAUUAUAAAAUUAAUAGAACAUUAUAUGAUUUUCAAAAAAUUAAAAUGAACAAAAUGGAGGAGAUGGUUCAUGAUCACGAGGACAGGGAACAAAAAGUGACAUCUUAUGUAAACGAUCCUUUGGAUAUUCCCCUGGGUUCGCAGAAUGACGAUAAUAAAAAUGAAUGUGGUGAUAAUAAAAAUGAAUGUGGUGAUAAUAAAAAUGAAUGUGAUGAUAAUAAAAAUGAAUGUGGUGAUAAUAAAAAUGAAUGUGGUGAUAAUAAAAAUGAGUGUGGUGAUAAUAAAAAUGAGUGUGGUGAUAAUAAAAAUGAAUGUGAUGAUAAUAAUAACAAAUGUGAUGAUAAUAAUAACAAUUUAAAAAUCAACUGCGUUAAUUUCAACAACAAGAUUAUUACUGUAGACCCAUUGUUCGAUAUAUAUUUUAUAGUUUAUGGUAAUAUUCAAUUUGAUGAUAUUACACAAAAUUAUGUAAAUAUAAUAGAUUUUAAUAUAAAUUUAAAAAUUUUAGAAGAAUAUUUUUUAGAAAAUUUAAUUGAAAAAUUAUCUAAAAGUUAUAAAGAAAAAAGAUCCAAUUUAAUCCAUUAUAUUCAUAAUUUAAAUAAUGAAAUAAUAAUAAAAGAAAAAGAAAUAUUACAUAUUUUAAAUUAUAAAGAAGAUAUAUUAUGUGAUGAUGAUAUUGUUAUUAUUUUAAAAAAUGCUAAUAAUCUUUUUUAUGAAAAUAAGAAAAAAAUUAAAGAAUUUAAAAUUAAUAAAAAAGAAAUAAACAAAAUGAGAGAUAAUUAUAUGAGUAUGGCAAAACAUAUUUCUGUUAUUUAUAUUUGUAUAAAUAAUUUGAUUACUUUAAACUUUUUUUAUAAUUUCUCUAUAUUAUCUUUUAUUAAUUUAUUACAUAUUAGUAUAGAUAAAUCUGAUGAAAAUAAAUUAUUAGAAAGAAGAAAAAAAGAUAUCCUAAAUAUAUUCACUAGAAAAAUACAUUACGAACUAUCAAGAACACUAUCUGAAAAACAUCAACUCAUUUUUUUCUUCUAUAUGGUUUGUAUGAUAAAUAUUUAUAAAAAAGACAUUGAUUAUGAUGAUUAUUAUUUUCUUAUAUAUGAUCAUUUUCCUCAUACCUAUGAUAUUAAAAAUGAAAUUGUUAAAAUGGAAAAACCAAAAUCAACAGAAAAAAAAUAUAACAUAAAAAAUAAAAAUAAAAUAAAUCAUCAUGAUGAACACAAAAAUGUUAAUCUUUAUAUAAAUGCAUCUGAUAAUCAUAACAAUAUGCCCUCAGAAAAUAAAAACAGUUCUUCUGAUGAAAAUUAUCAAUAUGAAAGUGAACAAUUUGAUACUAGUGUUUCAGGUUUGGAUGAUGUAUCUUUGUGUAGCCUGGCCUCGGAGGGUAGCGAAAAGGAUUCUUCCGAUCAAACAGAUUCGAUUAAAAAAUACAAAAAAUAUAAAAAUGAUGAUAAUGAUGAUAAUAAUGAUGAUAAUAAUGAUGAUAAUAAUGAUGAUAAUAGUGAUGAUAAUAGUGAUGAUAAUAAUGAUGAUAAUAAUGAUGAUAAUAAUGAUGAUAAUAAUGAUGAUAAUAAUGAUGAUAAUAGUGAUGAUAAUAAUGAUGAUAAUAAUGAUGAUAAUAAUGGUGAUAAUAAUGAUGAUAAUAAUGAUGAUAAUAAUGAUGAUCAUAUUAGUAAUCAUAUUAGUGAUCAUCAUAAUGGGAUAAACCAAAAGAAGGAUAUAGAAUACAUGGUUAUGCAAAAGAAAAACGCAAAAGAUGACUUCAUAGACACAUUUGAUAAUAAUAUCAUUUUUGAAAAAGAAGAACAAAAUAAAAAUGAAGAUUCAGACUUUAUUUUUGAUUUCGAUACAAAAAAAUUAACAUGGAUGAAUAGAAAAGAAUAUUUAAGUAUUAAAAAAUUAAUAAAAAAAAAAAAAUUUUAUGAAUUUUUUAAAAAAGUUCUUAAUGAAUAUGAAUAUAUAUUUCGAAAUAUAAAAACAGAUCAUACUAUUUUACAACAUAAAGAUAUUAAAAAUUUAUUAACUAGCUUUGAAAAAUUAAUUAUAUAUAAAAUAUUUAGAUUUGAUAUUUUAAAAUUAAAUAUGAAUAAUUAUAUAGAUAAAUAUUUAAAUAUACAAACAUCUAGUUAUACAAAAGAUUUAUAUAAAUGUUAUGAACAUUCAUCUAAAUAUAAACUAAUUUUAAUAUUAUCUAAACAUCAUUUAAGUACAGCUAGCGAAAUUAUGAUUCUAAGUGAAAAAAUUACCGGAAAAAAUAAUUUAAUAAUAUAUAAUAAAAAUGAUGUAAAUUAUUUAAUUCAUAUUUUAAAUGAUUCUAUAAAAAAUGGAUUCUGGGUACUCAUAGAAAAUGCUCAUUUAAAUAUACAUCUAAUAUUAGAAAUAGAAAAAUAUAUAGAAACAUGUAAUAUACAAUAUUCAAAUCCUGAAUUUAGGAUAUGGAUAAGUACAAGUUCGGUUGAAUAUUUUCCUUAUUAUCUUUUAAAGUUAUGUAUUAAGGUGACUUUCGAAAAUGUAUAUAAUUUGAAAUCUUGUCUGUUGAAUAUCUAUUCAAAUGUGUGUGAUGACCAGGAGGAUCAAAUAGAAAAGAAAUAUGACCCUGAUCAGGCUGAUAUCAAAAGGGGAGAUAAUAAAAGUGGGGAUAAUAAAAAGGGAGAUAAUAAAAUGGGAUAUAAUAAAAGUAGUGAGAGAAAAAGUUGUGAUGUUAAUUAUGAUGAUGAUAAUUAUGAUGGUGAUAAUUAUGAUGGUGAUAAUUAUGAUGGUGAUAAUUAUGAUGGUGAUAAUUAUGAUGGUGAUAAUUAUGAUGGUGAUAAUUACGAUGAUGAAAAAAAAAACAAUGUUCACACAUCAGAUUAUGAAAAUAAUUGUAGCCAAAGCAGUAAAGGAACGACAUCUGAAAGUGAACAUGCUGAUAUAAAUAUGGUACCGAAAAAAAAAAAAAAAUUAAACGAAAAUGAAAAAAUAUUAAUGAACAAAUUAAAUUUUAGUUUAUGUUUUUUUCAUGCAUUAAUUCAAGAAAGAACAAAAUUUAAAAAUAAAGGAUUUAAUAAUUGUUAUGAAUUUACAGAUAUGGAAUUAAGAUUAGCUAAUGAAAAUAUUAUAAAUUUUGUUCAUAAUAAAAAUAUAGAUAUAAAUUUGUUAAUAUAUUUAAUUGGUAAAAUAAUAUAUGGUGGUAUAAUAAUAGAUAUAAAUGAUCAAAAAUGUUUUAAUAUUAUUUUAAAAAAAUAUAUUAAUGAAAUAAUAACAUAUUCAAAUAAUGAAUAUAAAUUUAAUAAUUAUUAUUAUUGUCCUCAUAGUUCAAAUAAAAAUAUUUUUUUAAGAUAUAUUAAAUCUUUACAAUAUGUAACUGAUUUUUCUAUAUUUAAUUUACAUCCUUCUCUUAAUAUAUUAUAUAUGAAAAAUUAUAAUUUUAAAAUAUUAAAAAAUCUACAACGAUUAGAAUCCAAUAUAAUGAUAAAUGAUCAACAACAAAUACAUAUCUUCUAUAUUAUCACUAUUCUAAAAAAUAUUUUACCGAAUUUUAUAGAUACUAAUAUAUUAAAUUAUUUAUUUCUAAAUAAUAUUAAUUGUUCUAUAAUAACAUUCUUAAAAAUUGAAGCUGAUAAAUAUAAUUAUUUAUUAACAAUUAUAUAUAACGAUCUUACUAAUAUAAUCUAUUUUAGUUUACUGUUAGCCAUUCGGCAAAAGUUUAGCCAAGAAUUAAAAGUAGAUGCUAAUAAAAUAAAAUUAAAAUAUGAAAUAACAAAAUAUUUUAAUGAAGACGAUAUAAACGAUAAAGAUCAUUAUUAUAUUGGUGGUUUUUUUCUUGAAGGAGCUACAUUUGAUAUUACUAAUAUGAUAAUAAAACAAUCUACAUCUAUACAAUUAUAUUCUCCUAUGCCUUACAUCAAAAUAUAUUUUCUUACUAAAAAUAUUUCCUAUCAAAAAUAUACAAGGAGAAAUUCGUACGUAUUCAAGUGUCCCAUAUAUAAAAAUAUUCAUAAAUCGGGAUAUACCUUAACUAAUAAUGAACCAAUAUUCUACUUAAAGUUAAAUUCAAGAGAACGAAAAGAAAAAUGGAUUGAGCGAAACAUAUCUGGAGUUUUAAUGAUGAAAUAUGAAUGA